AUGCGUCAGGCAUCUGCGACUUUAGCUGCUAGUCUGAAGCCAGAGUCUAGUAAACUCCUGUUCGGUCAAGCACAGACACUACACAGGACACAAAACAGGACAGACACUACACCAGAGUUAGGCACAGACACUACACAGGACACAAUCAGGACAGACACUACACCAGAGUUAGGCACAGACACUACACAGGACACAAUCAGGACAGACACUACACCAGAGUUAGGCACAGACACUACACAGGACACAAUCAGGACAGACACUACACCAGAGUCAGGCACAGAUACAGCACAGGACACAAUCAGGUCAGACACUUCACCAGAGUUAGGCACAGACACUACACCAGAGUUAGGCACAGAUACAGCACAGGACACAAUCAGGAUAGACACUACACCAGAGUUAGGCACAGAUACAGCACAUGACACAAUCAGGACAGACACUACACCAGAGUUAGGCACUAAGCAGGGCACAGACACAGCACAGGACACAAUCAGGAUAGACACUACACCAGAGUUAGGCACAGACACAGCACAGGACACAAUCAGGAUAGACACUACACCAGAGUCAGGCACAGACGCAGCACAGGACACAAUCAGGAUAGACACUACACCAGAGUUAGGCACAGAUACAGCACAGGACACAAUCAGGACAGACACUACACCAGAGUCAGGCACAGACACAGCACAGGACACAAUCAGGAUAGACACUACACCAGAGUUAGGCACAGACACAGCACAGGACACAAUCAGGACAGACACCAGAGUCAGGAUAGACACUACACCAGAGUCAGGCAUAGAUACUGCACAGGACACAAUCAGGUCAGACACUACACCAGAGUUAGGCACAGAUACAGCACAGGACACAAUCAGGACAGACACUACACCAGAGUUAGGCACUAAGCAGGGCACAUACACAGCACAGGACACAAUCAGGACAGACACUACACCAGAGUUAGGCACAGAUACAGCACAGGACACAAUCAGGAUAGACACUACACCAGAGUCAGGCACAGAUACAGCACAGGGCACAAUCAGGAUAGACACUACACCAGAGUUAGGCACAGAUACAGCACAGGACACAAUCAGGAGAGACACUACACCAGAGUUAGUCACAGAUACAGCACAGGACACAAUCAGGACAGACACUACACCAGAGUUAGGCACAGAUACAGCACAGGACACAAUCAGGACAGACACUACACCAGAGUCAGGCACAGAUACAGCACAGGACACAAUCAGGACAGACACUACACCAGAGUCAGGCACAGAUACAGCACAGGACACAAUCAGGAGAGACACUACACCAGAGUUAGGCACUAAGCAGGGCACAGACACAGCACAGGACACAAUCAGGAUAGACACUACACCAGAGUUAGGCACAGAUACAGCACAGGACACAAUCAGGACAGACACUACACCAGAGUUAGGCACUAAGCAGGGCACAGACACAGCACAGGACACACACUACACAGGGCACAGGCUAUACACAAGACUAUCAUUGGACAUAAAAUAUAUUUUCAACUCGUUUACAAGAAAAACUGUAAAAAUCAGAUUAAUAACAAUACUUAGAAGUAAUGACAAAUGUAAAUGAAAGGCAGUUGUCACUAUAGUAGUAUCAUAGUAAUGGCUGUGGCUUCUGCUGUUUGUGUAAAAAAGUUAAUUACUGGAAAUAGUUGCAAUUGUGAUAUCUCCUCCCUCAUCAUACCUGCAGCAGCUUGCAUCUAGUGUUGAUCAGUGUGAUGGUCUGGUUGAUGACAGCACCUGUGUUCAGCAUGAAGACCUCCUUACUUUGUAAUGGGCAGCAUGUGUCUGCCGUUGACAGCUGUAUCUGACAAUGUGAAUCCUGCUGCCUGUCUGUCCUGGGACCUACUAUGAGAUCUGCCAGCACACGUGGUGGAUACAUCUGUAUAUUGAUGUAUGACCCAUCCCAUUAAUGUUUAUUUAAAGUGUGCGACACAUCCUAAUGGGGAUGGCCAUGUUUUACAACAGUUUGGACCAUGCACUGCCUCCAAGCUAUGUUACAGUGUUCCACUAAGUCAUCUUUCAUUCUUUUACACUGAACUUUUACACUAAAAUAUUAGACGGAUCUUAAGCUUACAUGUAAAUGUAGUGUUGUAGAGUAAUAGUAAUUGUUCAUUGGAAGUCCUGCAAAAUGUGUUGUGGGUUCAUAAAAAGUUAUGUGUAUUAAAAAUUAUUCAGUCCCACCCCCACCCCCCACCCCUUCCUACC